AUGAGCAACCGAAGAAGCCUGCGGCGAAACCAGCUGCAAAUGUUGCUAAGCCAGUCGCAAAGAAAGCAGCUUCGUCAUCAAGCGAUUCUGAUUCUGACGAUGAGACCACAGCAAAGCAACCCUCUCCUAAAGUUGCUACGCCAGCUGUCAAGAAAGCGGCAUCAUCUUCAAGCAGUUCCGACUCUGAAGAUGAACCCGCAGCAAAGAAAGCGCCAACCAAGCCAACUCCCAAAGUUGUCACACUUGCUGCAAAGAAAGCGGCGUCUUCGUCAAGCAGUUCUGACUCCGAGGGUGAACCCGAAGCGAAGAAGGCGCCAGCCAAACCAGCUCCCAAAGUGCCUACGCCUGCUGCAAAGAAAGCUGCGUCAUCAUCAAGCAGUUCUGACUCCGAAGAUGAUUCUGCAGCCAAGGUUCGGUGUGUUACUCAUGGUCAUUUUCGCUGCAGACGCUGGUGUGUCAGAAUAG